ACCAACGGCAAAAGAGCAAGGGUGGUGGAAGUAGCUGCUGUUCUGCGUCAUGCUGUAUAUUGUAAUGCACAGGCCAUGCGUGUGUGUGGUGCCCAUAUCAGUGCUAGCGUGAUAGUGAAUCGUGCAAGUGCAGAACUGCUGAGCAGACUGCCAACAUGAUUGGCUGCAAAGCAACAUGUGACAUAACAUGACACAAUGUAACACAAUGAGUUAUUGAAGUAUUAUUGCAUUGCCAGCUAGUGUGAAGAAAAAUGUUAAUAGGUACUGUGAAGGAUCCUGUGAGAUUUUCAUAUUGUUGUGAUAUUCAGGUAGAAUAAGAUAAUAAAAUGAGAUAACAAAAGAACAUUCUUUUGAGUGUGCCACAAACUGUGACUGGAAUCUGGUUAUUGUGCCACUUAAAUGUAGAGCUAUGGAAAUUAUUUCUCAGUUGUUUUAAAUUGAAUUACUGUGCUAUGAACUGAAAGAUAAUUGAAAGAAUGGAAAAGUAUCUUCCUUUUUUAUGUAAUUGUUUUAUGCUCACUUGGUAGUUAUAUGUAUAUUGUUUGAAAUGUUAUGUUUCUUAAACUUGCUACCUUUCUUCAAAAUGUACACACAAAUGUUAUAUUUGUUUAUGUUGUUUUUAUGCAAGACUAUUUUGCCAAGGUGUUGUACCAGCUCAUUUUAUCUGUAAGGUAACAUUAACUGCUGUGGAUUAAUGACUUCUUGACAAGAUGUGUUUUGCAUGCUAUUUAUCUGACUGCUUUGACUGCCAAAAUGUUACAUUUCAUCACAUAGUAUUAAUGUACAUACUUCAAAUGAGUGGUUGUAGAACCACUCAUGUUGGCUGAAAGAUGGUCUCCUUAAGUGUACCUUCAGAUGGGUUUCAGAAAAGAUAUAUGUGUAUCAAAUGCCCAUCCCAUUUUAAAGCUGCAUCAAUAAUGUGUAGACGCUAUUUUGAAAAGUGUUCGCUCGUUUUAAAAUAUCAAAAUUGCAAUGCCCGCAAAAAUACAUUGCUAUCCUUUCCAAAUUGUAAUUAUCAUGAAGUACAAUAUCAGUUCCAAGACUGAGAGCUUCAUUUUAAAAUAUUAAAAAGUACUCAAGAAAAGUUCUUGUUGGGAUGCAUUAUUUGUUAACCAUGAUUGUGUAUUCAUUGAAAUAUUAGAAAAUGUAGAAUAUUUGAUUAUUUAAUGUUUGUUGUCAAGAUAUUCCCAAGGCCUAGCUGAUGAGAAGUGGGUACUCUGCAAAAUAUAAAAAAAUUACAACAUGCCAAUUUGAAAACAAAAUUUGCUGCAUUAACUGGACCAUAGUACCAUAGAGCAGAUUGCAAUGGCUAAUAGGGGAUGCUCGUAUAAUAUGUAUUGUAACUUCAAUGUCCAAAAUUUGAAAAAAAAAAAAAUGUGUGGAAAUCAUGGUUGAUACAACAUGGUGGUAAUUAAUGUAGUAUAUAAUUUUGUUACAUGAAUGCACUUUUAAAUCAAACAUUCGAAUACAGUGUAAAGAAAAGUAUAACUAGUGGCCUACUUCUAUAAAAUGAAAUUAAUUAAUCCAGUGUUAAAAUGUCCGUCGUAAAUAAACUAGAGAAACUGUUGAGUGGCAAGUUGGUACAUUAUAUAAUGCAGUUCAUAAAUAUGAUAUAAAAAAUAUACAUAUAAUACAGAUAUAUUAUCAGUUAUGACUAUACUUUCAUCUGCAUGAUACUUCCUCUUAUUCCUAUGUGUCAGGGAUUGAUAAUUUUCUAGAAAUAAUGAAUUGAAAUGUAAAGUUUUCUAAUUUGAUUUGUUCCUAGUACAUGCAUACCUGAAAACAUCUCUAAUACUGGCAUGUUUUCAGAACUAGCUGUUUGUGUACCGUGACAUUUCUUUUUGCUCUUCAAUAAUCUCUAGUUCAAAGCAUUUCCUUCACCCAGAAGAAUAUUUAUUCAACCUAAGUUUGUAGGUGAAAGUUGUGUCAGAAAGUUUUACACCUUUCUGUCACACAUUGCAUAAAGCUCGACAGCAACGAAGCAAUGAAUGAAUUUUAUCUGAUGUCUCUUUACAUUCUAGUUUACUUGUAAAUAGAGUACUAAUGAUUGUUUGUUUAUUCUUCUUUUUUGUCCCAAACCGGUAUGUGAUUCCUCGGUAAGAGGAUUUUAUUCUGCAGAGAUGGAGUAGUAUUAGAGAAUAAAGUUGAAAUCAAAAAACAAUAUUUUCUUUUCCUAACCCAAGAGAAAAUGUUAACAUUAUGUUGAGGUGUCUUCAAUAUGCAAGUUCUUUAUACAGUCCUGCUGAGUAUUUUGUGUGUAAGUUGUAAGGCCAGAUACUUCAGCGAAUGACUCCUCUUCCCAUGUAAAUAGAUUCAUACAUUUGUCAUACAUUAAUGUCCCUGAGGUAUGGGGAAUGUGUGUCAAAUUGUGUAUUCACUUCAAUGGGCUGCAUUGUUUUGUGUACGUAGUUGAAGAUAUAAUUAGAAAGAAAGUGAAUAAAUUUAGUGACAUUUUCAAUGAAUAAUAUCAUGUAUAAAUUUGUUGCUUUAUUUGAAAAUAUAUACACAGAGACAUAGUUUCAAUUUAUUUUCAAGAACAUUUUAGGAAAACCUUUCAAAUAAUACUCUGAAAUCCAUCCUUUUCAUGGUAGCCUGAACCUAACUUUACCUUUUCUGUGCUUGCUCAUCUCGCUUCUACCAGAAUUGAUGCAAUAUUUUACUGCUUGUAACAGUGCUAAAGAUGUUUCUAGUUGAUCCUUUGUUAGCCUGAAAAGAAAGAACAUGUGAUCCAAAAGUAUAAAUAGUAAUUGUUUUAUGAAGAAGUAAAUUGGUAAGGAUUGGGAAUGGGGAAAAAUAUAGUUCCAUACAAUUUUGUUUACUUAUAUUAUUGAUAGUUAUUACAUUUGAUAGUUCAUUUAAAUGACUGUGUAGUGUCUAAAAAUUUUUAGAAAUAUCAAUUGCAAUAAUAUUUUGUCUGUCAAAAGAUUCAGUACAACCUUUGGAAGAUGUCGCUUAUGCAAGUUUUCUUGAUGGUAAUUUCUUGUCUAAAGAUUCUUUGGUAUCCAAAGAACAAAUUUAAUAUAAAUAUUGCUGAAGCAGAUAUUUGAACUUAUAAAAAGUGGGAAAUUGAGAUUUUAAGUGUUGUUACAGGCUUUGGUUUACUGCACAAACAAAAAUAAAAUAUUUCUACAAAAUGUGAUGAUACACCUUGUGAAAGUGACUAUUAUAAACAGAAAUAACAAAUAUGUCCAGGAGGAUAAAGACCAAGGUGAAAGCUUGUUAAUUGUAUAUCUCAAACCCACUUAUAGAUGUAUGUUUUGAAACUUGUUGCUGCUUACUAUUGAAUUGUAGGAUACAGCAAAUUUCUGACUAUUACAAAGAGCUUUGAAUUCCUAUUUUCAAAUUAUUUACAGAACAUUGUUAAUAAACAGAAAGAAAGUAAUCAUUUACAUACCAGUUACAAUAUGGAUCUUAUUAUUAAGUGUGCUAAUCACUGAAAUGCUGAAGUUUAGUUUAGAAAGCCAAGAGGUGACAUUAAGAGAGAUGGUUAUUUAGCAGUAGUGGGUCAUGGCAUUUUUGCUGGGUCAUCGCUAGGUCCACACAGUGUAUGGGUCUAUUUUCCUGAUGUAUGAGGGUGUUAUAAUAUUACAGGAUGCUCUGUUUUAUAAAUACUUAGAAAUGUGUUCAUUUUUCUGAUAUUUUUUUAUAUUAUAAAAU